AUGGCCACCAUCUCCACCGGCAUCACCGAGCUCUUUGGCAUUAAGCACCCCAUCCUGCUCGCAGGCAUGAACGUGGCUGCUGGCCCGGAGCUCGCUGCUGCCGUGACCAACGCCGGCGGCAUGGGUGUUCUUGGUGGCAUCGGAUAUACCCCUAAGAUUCUCAGGCAGCAGAUUAAGGCCAUUAAGGAAGAUAUGCACGACAAAAACGGUCCGUUCGGCGUCGACUUGCUCCUGCCCCAGGUUGGUGGCAACGCGCGCAAAACCAACUACGAUUACACGAAGGGUCAACUCCCGGAGCUCAUCGAUGUUAUUAUUGAGGAGAAGGCGAGGCUCUUUGUCUGCGCCGUCGGUGUCCCGCCUAAGUGGGCCAUCGACAAGCUCCACGCCGCAGGCAUCCCCGUCAUGAACAUGGUUGGCCACCCGAAGCACGUCACUAAGGCGCUCGACCUCGGCGUCGACAUCAUCUGCGCCCAGGCCGGCGAGGGCGGCGGGCACACGGGCGACGUGCCCGCGUCGAUCCUGAUCCCGGCCUGCGUCGACAUCUGCCGCAAGCGCAUCUCGUCCUUCACCAAGAAGCCGGUCAUGGUCGUCGGUGCGGGCGCGGUCUACGACGGGCGCGGGCUCGCCGCGAACCUCGCCUGGGGCGCGGAGGGCGUCUGGGUCGGCACGCGCUUCGUCGCGAGCACGGAGGCGGGUGCGCCCAAGGCGCACAAGGAGGCCGUGCUCAGCGCGGGCAUCGAGGACGCGGUGACGACGCUCAUCUACACCGGCCGCCCGCUGCGGGUGCGGAGGACGCCGUACGUCGAUGACUGGAACAACAACCGCCAGGCGGAGAUCAAGGAGAUCACGUCGAAGGGCCUCUUGCCCUACGAGGAGGACUUGAAGAAGCACCCCGAGAUGUCGAUGCAGGCUCGCGCGUGGCUCAUCGGCCGCGUCGCUGCGCUCAUUCACGAGGUCGUCCCUGCAAAGCAAAUUGUUGACACCAUGAUUGCCGACGCGGCACAGAUUAUGCAGGAGAACGCGGCACGGGUGUCGGUCAAGGCAAAGCUCUGA